AAUGGCGUCCAUUGUUAUGCCUGCAAAUGCCACUCGAUAGCCGUGUCAUUAUUCACGUCAAAUAAAAGGUCCGGCACUUCUGGACGGAUGAACAAAACAUGCGUAUUGCGUAAGCCUGCCUGCGGCUGCCUAGCUGUCUGUCUGUGAAGGACAUUGAAGGUUCAAUUGCAAAGAGGAGGUAUGGUGGUUGUGUUUUCAAUCCUCAUAAACAAACCCUACGCUGCACAAAAGAAAUACAAGGUAUCUGAGCAGCAGCCCUGAGCGCCGUGGUCCCGGACGGGCGAAGUACGUACGAGUAUACCGCCAAUCAGCGCCAUUAGAACCUAUCAGUCCUUAUCGUUGGAUUAUGGGUGAUAUCAGUGAUCGUCUCGGCACUCGGCGCGAGUGACGCGGUCUGCCCGUCUCCGGAUGCCCUAUCUGGCGCCGUGAGCCGUCAUCCUCUAUCAGUUGGCGCCGCUAUCGGAACACCUUCUGUUCGCCAACUGACUUAUAGAACGGCGAGUGGCGAGCGGGCUGCGCUCUUGAGGACACAAGUGUUUGUGGAGGCGAGAGAAAGGCAGCGGUCGGGGAGCACCGAUUGACGACCGACGGACAGCCGAGCGGCCGACGGAUUCGACCGACACGCCGAGCGACCUGCAGACAGGAGGCUCUGAUCCAUCGACGGGACACCACUGACCAAAGAUGCAGCGUUUGACGCUGCUAGUGGUGGCUCUGAUGGCUGCAUCGCCAGCCCGGGCCGACAACUUCGGGGCAUCCGUUAAGAACUGCUACACAUGCGUCGGAAACGCGGACGAUCGGACCUGCGAGAAGGCGCCCGAGAAAGUGACUUCCGGCGCUCCGUACCUGCCCUGCAAGCGGAAGUACUGCACCAUCACGCGCCAGGAGUACACCGAUAACCCAGGUGUUGUCGUUCAGAUCACCAGGGGCUGCGAGAACUCGCUGCCUCACGCAGACGGCAAGGAGGUGAACGACGAGUUCACCAUGUACUACUGGACCUGCACCAGCGACCUCUGCAACACAGGUGACGGCACCAAGGCGCCAAACGGCGGCGGCGGCGGUGGCGGCGGCGGGCUGCCCUACGUCCUGGUGGAGGGAUACGACGGAGCCGCCGCCACGGGCGCAGCGGCCACCGUCACCGGACUGAUGCUGCUGCUGCUGCACCAGCUGCAGUGAGGGAACAGCUGCUGCACCAGCUGCAGUGAGGGAACAGUUGCUACUAAUGGACCAGGUGGAGUGAGGGAACUGACUGUUACAGAUGUAUUGAGGGAGCCGCUGCAAUGACGGAACAGCUGCAGCUGCUGCACCAGCUGCAAAAAAAGGAGCUGCUGCUAUGUCAACUUUCAUUUGAUCAUGCAAUGUCGCAUGCAUGAGAAAAACUUUACUUGCCGACUACCUAGUUGGAAAUGUUGCAAUAUUAAUAAUCAGCUCGCAAACGUAUUACCAAGGCACGCCUUUGAAAUAGUUGCAUAAUGUACGAACAUGUAAAAAUGACUACAAGCAGGAGGCCUAGUUAUUAUUUACCGCAGAAUGGAAAUACACCAACCAUGCCGAUCUGAAGACCUCAGGUCCCGUUCCCGAACGGUGCACGCUAAAUAAGUUGGUGGAGACGUACGACGCGGAAGCAAUGAAGUCCCAAAUAAAUAUUUAUCAAUGUGUGGCAAUAACUAAUACAACCGACAGAUUAUUGAUCAAAA